GGCGGUGGAAGUGUUGUGGCAGGUUCGGACCCAGCGACGGCAGAAGGAGCCUGAUCUGCCAGAAACUGUGACGCGUCUCACCACACCUGAGGGUAGUGUUGUGUACCUGGUUGGCACUGCCCACUUCAGUGACAGCAACGAUCCGAGCAGUCCAGCCUGAUGUAGUAGUGGUGGAGCUGUGCCAGUACAGAGUAUCCAUGCUUAAAAUGGAUGAGAAAACGCUGCUAAAAGAGGCUAAAGACAUUAACUUGGAGAAGGUCCAGCAGGCCAUUAAACAGAACGGAGUGAUGUCUGGCCUCAUGCAGAUACUGCUGCUUAAAGUCUCGGCUCACAUUACAGAACAGCUGGGCAUGGCCCCCGGAGGAGAGUUUAGAGAAGCCUUUAAGGAGGCAGGAAAAGUGCCCUUCUGUAAAUUUCACCUUGGGGAUCGGCCCAUUCCAGUAACCUUUAAGCGUGCAAUAGCUGCUCUCAGUUUGUGGCAGAAGGCUCGUCUGGCCUGGGGCCUGUGCUUCCUCUCUGACCCCAUCAGUAAGGAGGACGUUGAGAAAUGCAAACAAAAGGAUCUUCUGGAGCAGACCAUGUCAGAGAUGAUCGGCGAGUUUCCAGCCCUCCACCGCACUAUUGUUGCAGAACGAGACAUCUACCUCACACACACACUUCGACAGGCAGCGCGCUGUGUAGAGGCGCCUCCUACUGCUGAGAAAGUGCCUGCUGUGGUGGUUGGGGUGGUUGGCAUGGGUCAUGUGUCUGGCAUCGAGAGGAACUGGGAUAAAGAGCUCAACAUCCAUGAAAUCAUGAGCGUGGCUCCACCGUCUCGUCUCGGCAGGGUGGUACGCACCGUGUUAAAAGGGGCCAUGUGGGGGCUUCUAGGUUAUGCCUGCUACCGGGCCAGCAAGGGUGUGGGCAGAGCGUUACUUUCCUUACCAACUGUGCAAUCAUUGCUUCAGAAUAUACGAACACCUUCCGUUUGACCCUUCUUUAAUCUGUACAGACUUUCAGCAGUAACCACCAAUAGCCUUAACUCUACAGGAUGCUGGUUGGGUGAAGAGGAAGAUUUUAGAGCAAAAAGCAUCUCCAUCCUACAGGAAAUGAAACCGUGUGGAUGGAAGUCUCUCUCUUUCGCCUACUCAACCUCUGUCCAUCAGCUCUGUAGACUCAGAGCUGUACUGCCAAAGAAGUGGAGCGUGCUUUCAUUUCCCUUUUCGACCCAUUAGGAAUUCAGUUGCUGCAAGAUUCCCAUGUCAUCAUCCACCUUGAUUGAUCAUGCUGUGAUUUAUUCAUCUGGUUGGCUGAACGACUGAGUGCAGAGUUCAGCAGUCCAGCAUUGUUACUCCUUGUGAGUCGAUAUUUUUACUCUGAAGACCAACUCCAACCUUAAUCUGUAGUGCAUUCAGAAUGAAUAUUAAGAAAAGAUCAAUUCAAAAUCAAUUCAAACCGCCAAUUCACACUGUGCCACAAGACUCUGACAAACACACAUUAUUUUGUUUUGAUUGAUUGGUGUUUGUGUGUGUUAGCACACAUUUUUGUUGCUUAAACAUAUUCAGAUGCUCCUGAAUUGUCUGGGAAUUGAUGUACUGUAAUCUGGUUUGUUGGUUCAGUGUGAAUUGGCAUUAAAACAGUUAACCUGCUGUUGUUCUAAUGCUGUAUUACUUUCUUUUUUUGUACAACAAAUGGAGAAAAUGUCCUGUUCAUGAUUGUCCAUACACUGUAGAAGUGAUUAGUUACUUAACUUUCAAAAAAAGUGAGUUAACCCAUUGUUAAAUGUGGAACUGUUGAGUUAAGUUUGCGCAAAGUUAGUUCACUAGCAAAGUCAACUAAUUUCUUUUAACAGUGUUUUAUGGCAUUAAAUAGUGUUUUAAUAGGGAAAUUUCACCCAAAAUACUCAACAUUUACUGAACAAUUGACAUCCAUAGUAGAAAAUAAAUAUACCAUGGCUUGCUCGCUACCAGUUUCCAACAUUCCUCAAAGUAUCUUUUUUUCUGAUUGUCCAUACACUGUUAAAGCUAUUUGUUACUUAACCUAAAAAGUGAGUUAACCCAUUUUAACUUGAAACUUAAAUUGAGUUGAUUUAAUUUGAAUUAUUAUGCACAGUUAAUUCAAGUCUUACUAAUUAAAAUCAAGUCAGCUAAUUGCUUUUUACAGUGUAUUAUGGCAUUGAAUAGUGACUUAAAGGGAAAGUUCACCCAAAAUACUUUCACUCAACAUUUACUGAUAGCAAUUGACAUCCAUAGUAGGAAAUAGUAAAAAAAACUAACUAUCAGUUUCCAACAUUUUUCAAAGUAUUUUUUUUGUUAUUGUCCAUACACUGUAGAAGUGAUUAGUUACUCUACCUUAAAAGUGAGCUAACCCAUUGUAACUUGGAACUAUUAAAUUUAACUACAUUUUUAUAAUUAUGCACAGUUAAUUUACUACGUAAUUUUAAAGCAACAAGUUGACACAUCCGAAGUAGUAAAUAAAAAUACGAUGGCUCCCUAACUAAGAGUUUCCAACAUUCUUCAAAGUAUCUUUUUUGUGAUUGUCCAUACACUGUAGAAGUGUUUAGUUAGUUAACUUUAAAAGAAGUGAGUUUUAACCUGUCGUAACUUAUAAAAAUUAAGUUCACUCAGCUUAACAUUUGUAAGUAUGCACAUAGUUAGCUCAUUACAUAAUUAAGGCAACAAGUUGACACUUUUAUAAAUAAAGUCUACUAAUUGCUUUUUACAGUUUAUUAUGGCAUUCAAUAGUGACUUAAAGGGACAAUUCGCCCAAAAUACUUUCACUCAACAUUUACUUAUUGCAGUUGACAUCCAUUGUAGAAAAUAAAAAUACUAAGGCUCACUCACUACCAGUUUCCAACAUUCUUCAAAGUAUCUUUUUUAUGAUUGUCUGUGCACUGUAGAAGCAUUUAGUUUUUUUAACUUUAACCCGUUAACCUGUCCAAAAAUUAGAACUGUUGAGUUAACUCAAUUUUUGCACAGUUAAUUCAUUACAUAAAUAAGGCAACAAGUUGUUUAGCAAACUAAUUGCUUUUUACUGUGUAUUAUGGGAUUGAAUAGUGUCUUAAAGGGACAGUUCACCCCAAAAUUUUACUUUAACUUUUUCAUUUACUGAUAGCAAUUGACAUCCAUAGUAGGAAAUAGUAAAAUACUAUGGCUUCCUAACUACCAGUUUCCAACAUUCCUCAAAGUAUCUUUUUUUGUGAUUGUCCAAUGUCAUACACUGUAGAAGUGAUUAGUUACCUAACUUUAAAGAAGUGAGUUAACCUGUUGUAACUUAAGUAGUUUUUAUAAGUAUGCACAUAGUUGAUUUACUAUGUAAUUAAGACAACAUGUUAAUACUUUUUUUUAAGUCAACUAAUUGCUUUUUACAGUGUAUUAUGACAUUGAAUAGUGACUUGCCUUAAAGUGACAUUUCACACAAAAGUUUUACUUUAACUCAAUAUUUACUGAUAGCUACUAUGGGUCACUCACUACCAGUUUCCAACAUUCUUCAAAGUAUCUUUGUGAUUGUUCAUGCACUGUAGAAGCAGUUAGUUACUUUAACAAAAAUGAGUUAACUAUCCUUUAAUUCACUUUUUUUUUCUUUUUUUUUUUUUAAUACAGGAGUAUAAAGAAUCGUGCCAUCUGAAUCUUGUCUUAUACCAUCCAGGUUUUCAGGGGUAUAAUAUAGGGUUUUAGUGAAAACCGAAAUUUAGAUAUUAUUUAAUGCAAAUUCAGACCUUAAUCACUAUCUUUGUGCAAGAGAGCAUGUUCAUUAGACUAUCAGCAGUGAUUAGCUCAGAAAAAGCACACAAGAAAUGGCAUUUAUUUGUCGGCUAUCAUUCUCACUUUAAUCUAACAUCCAGAGGCAUUUAGCUCAGUGAAGGAACUACCAAGAUAUCUUUUUGGGGCAUUGCAUUUAAUAUUUUAAUAAUAUGGGUUUAUUAGAAUCAUGAUUGUGCAGUCUUACACACAGAGAUGGUCAGUAGUUUUUACUUUAUUAAUUUAUUAAGUUUAGAUUUGUUUUUCAUCAAACCAUAUUUCUAUUGACAGACAUUAUGUAAAACUUUUAUUUUGUAAUAUUUCUUCUAAAAGAAAAAGGUUUAGUAUUGGAACAACAUCAAGCUGAAUAAAUAACUCAAUUUGAUUCAUCCUGUAAGAAAACCGUACCUUGGUACUUAUUUUAAAAACCUGAAUUGUGGUACAAAUGAGAUUUACAUGUGUGUAGUGAAACAUAAAUAUGUUUUUAUCAGAAGUAUUACUUGAUGAUAAAUCUUUGGGACAUUGGGAAAUUGACUACAACUAAAUUAUUUUUGGCUUAAAACGAGUAAAACUGAAACAAUCACACAGUGUUGAAGAGCUUCAAAUCACACACAUUCAAAUUUAUUUAUUUUUUUGGUCUUUCUGAUUCCCUGAUAAGUCCAACAUGUAAACUUUGCCCCUUGCUUGCUAUCAAGUGCCUCCUUCCACAUGACCUGGAAAGGGCUAAAGUAAACAGAGACUGCUGUUUCACUCUAUCUGUCUAUGUCUGAUCAUAAUAAAUGUUUAAUCUGAA